AUGCUCACUCAAGUCAAGAAAAAACCAGAGGAUGAGUUGCAGGAUAUGACGGGGCAAACUAUAGCCAAAAGAUACAAACUAAAAAAAUAAGCUGGACAGGGUGCUCAUGGAAUGGUAUAUCUCGGGAAAGACUUAUAAACUGAAAUGCCAAUAGCUGUCAAAUUAAUGGCUCGAGACAAGAAGCAUAAGCAAAAAUUCAUUAGGGAGAUUCAAAUUAUGAAAGACCUAUAAAAGGAAUUUACAAAUGGAAAGGGAGGAGUAAUAGGAUUCCCAUAAUUAUUCCACAAUGAACUAACUCGAGAAUGUUUUGCCAUUGUAAUGGAGAGGUUGGGACCCAGUUUGAAGGAUAUCCGAGACUAGAUUUCGAAGAAAUUUAGUCUAAAAAGCGUGAUCCAAAUUGGGUUGUAACUUCUUAAAAGAUUAAAGAUGAUUCAUGAUAUCGGUUAUGUCCACAGGGAUUUAAAACCAGCUAAUAUCAUGAUCGGUCUUGGUAAACGUGAGAAUACUAUAUACUUAAUCGACUUCGGUCUUACUAAGAAAUUGACUUAAGUGUCAAUGGCUUAUAUGGGCAAUAAUACAAUCGCUAGGAAAAUGGCAGGCACACCUAUAUAUUCUUCAAUCAAUGCUCAUUUGGCGACAGGAGAGUCUAUGAUCUAUGUUUUGGUUUAACUUUUCAAAGGAAGUUUGCCUUGGCAAAACACUCGAGCUUAGAAUCAAGAGGACUACCGGGAAUUAAUGCUACAAAAAGCGUCUAUUCCACCAUGCGUUUUAUGCAAGGAAUUGCCGAUUGAAUUUUCGAAUAUUUUGGAAUAUAUCCUGAAUUUAGAGGGAAAUAUGGAUCCCGAUUAUCAGCUAAUAGAAUUUUAUUUGAAAAAGUCAGCAGAGAAAAAUGCCAUUAAGUUGGACAUGAUCUUUGAUUGGUAUGACCUAAUCGAUUCACAAAAGCAAUUAGAUGAUUAAGGAUAGCCAAACUAGAAAAAUUAUAAGUAAAUGACAUCUCAAGAAUAGUUUCAGUACCAAUCUGCUAAAAUUAUAAUGAGUGAAUAAAACGAAUAGAAAACAGAAAAGUUAAAAUUCACCUAAAAAUUGUAGCAUAAUAGCACCAACUAAUUGAGUUUUUGCAGCAACUAGUAAAAUCCUGGGGGCUAUUCCUUAGUUGGAUUAGAUCCAAUUGAAGGAAAUCAAACUUCAUAAAUACUAAAUGGGGUUAUUGAUGAGCGGGAAGAGUUUAAUGAUGAGACUAUGAAGGAUGAGAGCAAGCAGAAAUCUCGAUCAAGAAAAACAAGUGCCAAUCGUAGUAAAAAGAAAUAAAGAAAAAACAGUAAGUCAAUCUCAAAGAAGAUGAAGGGUAAAGAUAAGGAAAAGGAAAAGGACAAGAUGGACGAGUCUAGGCAAAACAAAGACUCUCUAGAAGACUCGAAUAAACUAGAUAAUCCAAUUAUCUAAGAGUAGGAUGAUAAUCUUGAGUAGAGUUAUGAGGAAGAUAAAAAUCAAAGGUCUUUCUAGAAAAAGGAUUUUGACGCUUAGAAGCUUCAAACAACUACUACCAAUUUAACAGGACUGCACAAUAAUUUUGAAUUUAGUCCCCAAAAUGCCAAUCCCUUUUCUAAUCAAGUCACUGUGCAUUAGCAGAACUACAUUAUAGAAGUAAUUCAAGAGGAAGUUAGAGAAGAAUAAAUAUUUUCAUCUCAUAAUGCUUUGGAAUUGAAGCAAAGUUAGAGCAGCAAAGUUGGUGAUUAGAUUAUGUCUUAACUGAAAUAAAUAGAAUUUGCAAUAUGUGAUGCUGAUGAUGCUGCAGAUAAUGCUAAAGAGAGCUCCCCUUUCAACCAAGGUGACAGUGAUACAUAUAGAGACUUUAUGGAAAACAUUGAUAAUAUGGAAGAAUGCACUAACUAGUUUAGCCUUUAGAAUUUGGAUGGAGGCUUUGAGAAUGAUGAACCUAAAGAUCCAAAUUAAUUAUAAAAGUAUUAGUCAACCCUUUAAGUCAAGUUAGUGCCAAUGUUUAACUACAAUUCGAAUUGUCUUAGAAAAUCUCAUUGA